GUCUUCAACAAUUCUAUAGAUGUUCCUGUCAUUGAUAAACAGGAAGGACAUAAAUAUAUCAUAAUAGAGCCUCUCAUUACGAGGAAAGGUGCAAGAUGUCAAUUGUGACACAUGAACGUGACUUUGUUCUUUAUUUCCGGAAGGCGGUUCUGUUUUACUAAAUGCAUAGCGAUGUGGAAAGUUAUAAACAACUAAUGAACACGACAAACGAACAUGACAUAAUGUUUUCAAUACUUUUUAAGCAAAAGAAACAGAUCUGCUGACAAGCGCUUUGGAACCAGGUCGUUGUAGUAGUUCAAUCAUGGUUAUUUCAAUAUAAUUUUACAUCUUUAAAAACAUAAAUAACCACAAAAGCAUUUUGUUAUUGUGUUGAUUCUAUUCUAAAAAGAAAACGGAAGACACGACAAAAGUUUCAUUUGUUUUUGAAAAGUUAAAAAGAAAAAUGAGUUUCAAAUUUUUAUGGUACAUUAUAAUUUUAGUGACACCAUUGCCUUCGUAUUGUGUCGAGUUUUACGUGUAUACCGAAACGGAAUCCCUCAACCAUGGCAAUGGAUCUGUGAACAUUUUGGAAGUGAUCGCGAAAAGUAGUCCGUUAACCUGCUGGCGGAGUUGUCACAGAAACCCAAAAUGCUCCGCAUAUUUUGAAAAUGAUUUGACGAAAGAGUGUCGCCUUGUGUCCGACAACGUAACAGGAAUAUCCGGGGACGUAACCGAUAAUAAUGUCAACGGAGAAGUCGGCUGGAAAUACAUAGUGAAGUCCAUGAAACAGCCGUCGUGCCCUACAUCUCUUGGGUUUCAUUUUUAUCAAGAUACAAAUAUGUGCUUCAAAAUGUUAUCCGACACGAAAGUAAGCAGAGAUACUGCGACAGAGCUUUGUGAAUCAAUUGGUGGACGUAUUCUAAGAAUACAGAACGACAAACAACACGCCACUGCUGUCGCUUUCAUGGAAAAGUUCCACAAAGAAGAAAAUGUUAUCAUAGACGGAUAUCGAAACGAUCCGAGCGGAUCCGACUGGAAAUUUAGUAAUGGUGUACCGAUGACAUACUUCAAAUGGGCUGAAAGCCAACCGGAAACUGGCAAGCCCGCAAUAAAACUGGAUAAAAAUAAGAACUUUGACUGGUCACCUUCAUCGAAUAUGGAUAAAUUUUACCUCUGUGAAGUACCUUUAAAUGAUAUAUAAACAUUUGAAACGUUUCAGAAUGAUGGUAUAUAUAAAUAAAUAUGUUACGUAUUUCAUUAAAUUCUUAGACACUACUAUAUAUUCCCGUUUUUGUUUGUUGCAAUUUAGACCAUGUUUGGACCAAACGAACUUUUCAGGUCAAAAUAAGACAAACGAUGCGAGUUAUUUGAACAUUUUCAUACAUACAUUUUGUAUUUCUUUAUUUCAUCACGACUCUGUGUUUGAUGUGUUGCACUCUUAUUAAACGGUAUCUUCUCAUUUAUUCUUAUUUUCUUUUUCAUAUCCAGUUGGCUUUUCUCAAUAGAUUUCAAUCUAGGGUGCUCAUAUAUUUUUCUAUACGUUACUUAUUACUUAUGCAUAUUUUGAGUAAUUUGACUUUAAAA